AUGCAGAACGUGGCAGAGCUUGCGGGAAAAUAUGACAAGGCAAACAAGCCAGCUUUGGAGAAGUUUUGGAUCACAAAGGAACGGCAUCCAAAAGAGUACUGGCUGGAGCACAAGCUGACUAGAACUUGGGUCCACGAGCACAAUUUGAAACCUAACCUGCUCCUUGGAAGUGACUUCUGUGAGGUAUACGGCGUGAUCAACUACUAUCAUGCCCUGGGGAUGGAUACGAGUACGCAGCACAUGACUGCGAUUUGCAACCGUCUGGAUGUAAACUUCCGCCUGGAUGGCAUUCCUACGGGACCACGAACUGCGUUGUACGAUUGGAUUGCCCAUCUAGAUGAAAGACGUCGUACCUGGCGUGCGUCUCUUCUUGCUGUACAAGAUUCACCCCUGCCCUCCACAUCACUGAGCGAGCGAAUGCUGAAGCUCGACCACGAGGAGGAGCGCGGCGACGUCGUCAUGAACACCAACAGCAUUGUUAGACCUAUAUCACCUCCAUGGCUCCCCUCUUUGACAUCCCACUGCAUGGUGGGCGCCAACUGGCUCAAGCAAUUCGUAGUGAACUUUCACAUUUUUAAGGCCGACAAGCCGAUGAUUGCCCGGGGCAUAGUCGGAAAGUUGAGGUUCGACAACCGUGCUCGGUUUGAUAUCUACCUCAAGAGUGUUUCCAAGGUACUCAUACAAGUUGCAAUCGAGGCAUGGUCAGUUAUCCGAGGCGAGUGGUCACCCUUGCGUCAUGCAAAGACCUACAAGUACCAAUGCAGUAUCGAGAGCAUUAAUGACAGGAACUCCGUCAAGAGAGUAUCCAUCCCAAAUCGCUCUAAUAGACAGCUCUUCGUCCCCAGACGCACGAAGCUCGGACAUAUUGUCGAGCUGUCUGCAGAUGGCUACUUUCAGACGAACUGUGAGCACUUCAAGAUGCCUGAUCACCAGGCCAUGCAGCUCAUAAAGGGAAUGCGAUUGAUACGGACCCUUAGAGGUGUCCUCGUCAGCGACAUUCUCAGGAACUCUUCCUCCAGGGCAUCUCCCUGGAUCAUGGGCGAUGGAGUUAGUCCGUCACUGCCGCGGCGACCCCCAACGCAGCCAAGCAGCCCCGCGAUUUGGCGGACUAAACACGUUCCAUGGCAUCAACAGAAAGUCCUGCCAUUGCAGAUCAGGAAGACAACCAUGCUGGCCGCGGGACGGCGCAAAAACGAGAUCCCGAAACAAGCCAACGCUAGAAAGAAGUAUACCGCCCGGACCAAGUUCGAGUCAAGAGAAGAAGAGAAAGAAGCUUUUAGAAUCAUUCAGAAGAACCUUGGAGACCAAAUCAUUGCCGAUUUUGAGCGAGUUCUGAAAGGUCUCCCUAGUGCACCCGAGAAGAUCCAGCUCACCACCAACCUUGCCAUCAAUGGAGUAAGGGGCCUCGACCACAUCCGCCGGAGUCCAUUGGACUCAGAGGUAUAA